GUUCAGUUGUGUUGACUGAAGAUUGAGCAUCUUCAGUCAACGUGUGUGGAUCUCCGGCGAAAGUGCGUGAAUAGUGCAAAAAAUAAUCGCAUAGUUACAACAACCGUAAUUUCUUUGUUUGAAUGCGAGUAGUUUGAAUAGACGAGUGAAAUUUUUCAAACUUAGACGACGCAGAUGAUAUAACCUCAAACGUCCUUAAAAUGGAUAUAGAUGCUGUUGCGCCUAGAACUUCUAAGCGCAUUGUACGAUCAUGAAGACACCGACGGGAAAACAACUACAGAGAAUCGAAAAGAAACGCAAAAAAAUGGCCGCGCUUCUAGAGAUCACCAAACUCAACGACCGAGAUCGAGAAGCUAAGGCGCUCGCCCUGAAACAAGCGGUAGGUGGCACAAAUUCUGAACUAACACAGGAGGAGACACUGAUGAAUCUAUCGAGCGAUCAAGGAACGAACAGCGAAGCCUCCAGCAGCGAAAGUCCGAGCAGGAAAAGACCAUGUACGAGAACGCUGGAUGCUGCUGCACAGGAAAGCACUGAUUCUGAGCCGCUGACAACAGAGGUGGAAAACAAUGAGGAACCUGAUCCACUCGCCAACAAAAAACCUAGACUGAGCGGCGAAGAGUACGCCAAGUUGAAGCAAGAGCUGAAGGAAAGAAAACAGCGGUUGAAAGUGAUCCCUAGGUUCCGUUUGAAAAACGUUGGGGAAAAUGCUAGUCUAAAUGUCGACGUCAAGGACGAAGAUAGAAUUCCAAUAUUUCUUAGCGAUGUGCAACAUCUUCUGAUGUACUCCUUGCUUGGCCAUCACUCUCCGUAUUUGCCUGCCAGAUGGUGUUUGCUUGAAAAGUAUAACAAGGUAGCGCAUACGGUUGUUCUCGUAGUCGAAGGAUUGUCGUUGUAUCAUUUCAACGCCUAUGAAUCUAUGUUCACUAACAUAACGACAAACAUGGCACAUCGACUCGAAGUGGUCACUCCGACUGCGUACGGAGGAUCGAUCAUCGAGGAUUUGGCUGCUGUCCCCCUCACAGGCACUCAAAGCGAUCGACUGAUCAAACUAAAUUGGCUGGUUUCAGAGUUUGGAUCAAUGGAAGCUGCCUUGCAGAGCACCGGUGAUCUAGUUAAGCUGUUGAAAACAGUGUUUCCAAUGCGAGCUGCAGAUAAGCUAGGUGUCGGGGAUAAAUCUUUCGAGCUUCAUCCGAAUUUGCCUGUCACCGACAAGUUCCCAAGAACUCAGCUCCUCCUGUCUCCGUGGCAAUUAGUCGAAGAAAAUUAUCCACUGCCACUGAAAGGCGAGUUAGCAAGAAAAUAUGAAAAGUACAUCUUAACGAAGGAUAUGUACGUCGAGGCUACUCCAAGAUCUCCAAUGUUUGGUCUGGAUUGUGAGAUGUGUAGAACAACGACCGGCUUCCUUGAGCUAACUAGGAUAUCUAUCGUCGAUGAAAGAAUGAAUAUUAUUUACGAGACACUGGUGAAACCGGAGAAUGAGAUUACCGACUAUCUCACUCGGUACAGUGGAAUCACAAAAGAGAUUCUCCGCAAUGUCACAACAACUUUAGUAGAGGUGCAGAACGCGUUGAGGGAAAUAUUACCACCGGACGCUAUUCUAGUGGGACAAAGUUUAAAUUCUGAUCUCCACACUCUCAAGAUGAUGCAUCCUUACAUUAUAGACACAUCCGUGAUAUACAAUAUCACUGGGGACAGGUACAGAAAAACCAAACUCCAAACAUUAGCGCGAGAGUUUCUCAAUGAGAGAAUCCAGGAAGGACGAGGUGGACAUUGUCCUUCCGAGGACUCAAAGGCUUCGCUGAAGUUGGCGCAGCUGAAAUUGGCAAACAGUCUCGAUUUCGGUGAUGCGGUACUGGUCGGUCAGAAGAAUAUGGAAAUUCUGAAAAUGGGUGCGGAGAAAAGAAAAUCUUUGAAAGUGAUAGACAGGAUGGAGCUGAGAAACUACGCAACGUCAAUUUUCAACCAUGUUACCAAGGACAAAAAGACAGCGGCUAUAGUUGGCACCGAAGACGUGAUGAAUGAGUAUUCUAGGUACCUCAAAAAUUCAUCUUUAAGCAUUAUGGAUGAUCAGAACUUCGACACAACCGAUCAGGUGCGUCUCGUAGUUGCCGAGAGCAAUAAACACGCGGUAUCUCGAGCCUCGAACGUGUUGAUGGAGCACGCGUUUACUCUUUGCCACCUACGGAUCACGGAGGAUCAAUUAAAGAACGAGAACAUAGAAAAAACUUUCAGAACGGUGAAUAAGUGGGUGCAGAAGCUCUGGCAGCACACGGCUAUCCACGGUCUAGGCUGCGUUGUGUUUGGGGGUCAAAACAACGCUGCCAACGGAGCCUGUUUCCUCGAUAUAAAGAAGGACGUGACAGUAAUCGGGCCUUAGUCAAUUUUCUCAGUGCGUGUCUCUACAGAGUCUAAAAUGGUGAUGAUAAUAGAGAAAAAUGGGUAAAGAAAAAAAAUACAA